AUGUCUCGUGAGCCCUACCAAUCAAUAGACAUCACGCACCCGGUCACAGGCGAGCACAACAACACGCUUAUCCUCGCGCACGUCAAGUACAUCCACGGCCGCAAAGACGUGCUCACAGAGAAAGGUGUCAUCGGUCUCACGAAGUUCAAGCCUGUCGCGCGUUUUGGCGACAUCUCGUAUGCCCGGGUUGGAGAUGCGUACAGGAUCGCUCGUCCAUCAUGGGCGCAGGAUGAUGCGAAGAUACAGGAGGCAUUGACGACUCACGCAUCACUGUGAAAUAGAACGAAGGAACAAUUUUUUGGUAACAUAUACCAUAGAUUAUAUGUAAGACGGGUACUG